AUUGACGCGUUAUUCAUAUCCACGACGAGCAGAAUGCAGAAGUACGAGAUCCAGUGACUGAUCUGGCAGAGAAAUUCACGUCAAACCAUGUUUCUUCAUUGUUUUUCUUGAUAUUUGGAAGGGAGAUCGAUUUCUGUUGACUCGAUGAAAACCGUCUAAGAUAAUGUCGUCUGUGAAGAAAUUAAGUUUGAGUGGAUUUAAGUCCACUUUCAAGCGAAAAACAAGCCGAGGGAUUUCUCGGAAUCAUUCUCCCGCACAUCUCAGUGGAGACUUGCAACAAGGAUGCUUGUGUGACGACUUGAGCAAAUCGAAUAGCGAGUACCAGAAUAUCCCGACCAAAAACAGGCCAGGUAAUAUAAAAUCUGAGGAAAUUACUCCCGCUUUUAAUGAUAAACACAGUCUGAAGAAUCGGGAGUCUAAAUCAAGUCGAUGGGGUCUGCGUCAAAAGGCUGAUACUAGCAAGAGCAAAUACGGGAAUGAAAGUGAAACAAUGAUUAACUGUUGUGAACCCGGAAGUGGUGUUGAUUUGGAUCGCGAAUGCACGGUUGAUGAUUCUGCUGUACUAUGCAAACCCCCGUCUGCAAAUGGGCACAUUGUAAUGAGGAAUGGAAAUAUGAAUGAGUAUGAUAUUGAUACUGGGUAUGUUGGUGCCAGGUCUGUGUCAUCACCCUGCAUUUCAAAUAACCAUUCAUUUCAUGAAGGCAUUUCCAGUCAUUAUAUAAAUAAUCCCAAGUCAAGAAAAAGUGAGACUGAGCCUGAGGUUGUUCCCCAUGCAGAAAAUAUGCGCACAAACCAAACAACAGAAUGUGAAGAAAGUGCUGGAUAUAGACGGUAUAAUCGCCCAUUGCCUGUGCCUACAUGUAGCUCUGUUAGUGAUGAAAUUUGUGAAAAUGAAGGUCAAACAAACAUGAAUAAUAGAUUGUGUGAUAUAAACGAUAAUGCAACAAUCUUUGAACAAAGACUUGAUGAGUGCCUAGAAAAUAACAUGUGUUUGAAGGAUGUUGACGAAAGUGUUCCAUCUACAGAAACCCCACCAGCCAUUCCACCUAAGCCUGCAUCACUCUACUGCAAUGGUCAGUGGCAAUUGGAAGAUGAUAAGGACCCUGACUCUGUUCAGUCAAAGAAUAUGAGGAAUUCAACCUUGUCUCUUGGUGAAAAUCCUGAUGUUCCUCCACGCCCCCCUGCACGCUCUAAAAGGAGACACGGUUUGGAUUUGAGUCUGCCGUUCAACAGGAUGUACUUGGAAAUGAAAGAAAGAAGCUGCAGCCAGACUGUACCUGUAUACGAGGACGUGAAGGUGGAGCUUGGUCUGGAGAGUGGCGGUCUUGCAGGAGAGCUGUCAAAGCUUCCUCGUCAACCUUGGUACUGGGGUCCAAUGAGUCAAGAUGAAGCAGAGGGUAAGCUUAGUGAUGCUGACGAUGGCAGCUUCCUCGUGAGGGACAGCUCCGAUGAUAGGUAUCUACUUACCUUGAGUUUCAAGUCCAGUGGUCGUACCCUCCACACGCGUAUCGAACACCGUAACGGCCUCUUCAGUCUCAACGAUUCCGAGGGACAUGCCUCGGUCAUUGAGCUCAUAGAGAAUGCUGUCAAGGAAUCGCAGGGUGGAGUCUUUGGCUACAUGAAUGACUCCACAGGAAUCCAGAACUUCCCUGCGAGACUCACCCAUUGGGUAUCCAGAUACAGUGAAGUGAAGUCUCUGCAGUACCUCUGUCGCUUUGUGAUACGGGAAACCUACCCCAGACAUCACAUCCGGCAUCUUCCACUUCCUAAGAAGAUCAAUGAAUAUAUCCUAGAAAAUCAGUACUAAAAUCAUUCUAUUUGAAUUUUGUUGAAUCAUGAAUUGAAAUGCUGAAUUGUUCCAAAGAUGUUUCUUGAGUGCUCUUUUAUAAAGCAUUUUGUACUAACAGCAUAUAUUUUAUAUAUUUUUUCAAAUAUGAUAGGUUUACAUGUGUCGUAAUGAGAAUGCCUUGUAGGCCUUUACUGUACUAUUAUACUACUACACGUACAUGUACUUCUGCUAAGUAACAGUAAAAUGUAUACUAAUCUGCAAUUUGAUUUUGUAGAUAUUCAUUGUUUUGAGAGAAUACAGUGUAAAUGUAAUGACAAAACCUUACUUCAAAUUUAAGAAAAUAUACUUCCAUAGUAGGGUACUACAUGUUCAAAUAUGUACCACCAUGCAUAAGUGUGACUAAACCGACUCGGUUAAUGUUGCUUAGACUGCUAAUCGUCUAUAAAAGAUAUUAAUAUGGUAAAGAAAGAAUUUUAGUACGGUUCAUUGUAUGCACAGCUCCUUACAGACUUAAAGAGAAAUGCCUGUAGUUGCAGUAAACACUGAUUUCAUGAGAAAGUCUGUAAAACCAGGCUUAAUUGUCA